AUGAAGCUCUCUUGCGCCUUCGUGGCCGUUGCGGCUCUGGUAGCCUCUCUGGUCGAGGCCUCCCCCGCUGGCGAGCGUCGUCAGAGCUGUGCUCUGCCUUCGACCUACAAGUGGACCUCGUCGGCCGUCCUCGCUCAGCCUCAACACGGCUGGGACAACUUGAAGGAUUUUACUCACGUUCCUUACAAUGGUGGUCAUCUUGUAUACGCCUCGUACUACGGCUCGGGCAAGUACAGCUCGAUGGGCUUCUCCACCUUCUCUAAGUGGGCCGAUAUGGCUUCCGCCACGCAGACCGGUAUGACGCAAGCAGCUGUCGCACCGACGCUGUUCUACUUCCGUCCCAAGAACAUCUGGGUUCUCGCAUCUCAGUGGGGUGCAGCCCCCUUUACCUACAGGACGGCGAGCGAUCCGACCAAUCCCAACGGCUGGUCUCAGCCCCAGGCCUUGUUUACCGGCUCGAUCUCGGGCAGUGGUACCGGUCCUAUCGACCAGACCGUCAUUGGUGACAGUGAGAAUAUGUAUCUCUUCUUCGCCGGCGACAAUGGCAAGAUCUACCGAGCGUCGAUGCCGAUCGGCAGCUUCCCGGGCAGCUUCGGCACUGCCUCGGAGGUCAUCCUCAGCGACACGACGGUUAACCUGUUCGAGGCGGUGCAGGUCUACACGGUUUCCGGCCAGAACAAGUACCUCAUGAUCGUCGAGGCUGAAGGAAAGACCGGUCGCUACUUCCGCAGCUUCACGGCCAACAGCCUCGGCGGCCAAUGGACCGUUCAGGCUGGUACCGAGAGCGCUCCCUUCGCCGGCAAGUCCAACGUCGCUGUCAGCUGGACCAACGAUAUCAGUCACGGCGACAUUAUCCGCUCCAACCCGGAUCAGACCCAGACCAUCGACCCUUGCAGGCUGCAGAUGCUCUUCCAGGGUCGCAACCCGAACGCUUCGUCGAGCGACUACAACGAUGAACCUUACCGUCCUGGUCUCUUGACCUUGGACGGCGCCCAGUAG